UGUACAGAUACGUCCAACCUAGUAAACUACAACUCCCAGGUUGCACUCUGAGACUGUUUUCAUCGAUUUGUUUUUCAACCUCGGUGUGUUAGUUAUAGUCACACGUAGUUUGUAUUCUAAAUGGUCAUCAUUUACUAGUUUUAAAUUGACGAGUCGCGUAUAAUGGCCGAGGGCAGUGGUAAUGUAGUAAACCUUACGCCCGGAGACCCACAGCUCAUAGGCCUCAUUGUUGACCAUCUCAAGAGCCGUGGCCUGUUUGACGAGUUCCGCAGAGAUUGUCUAGCUGAUGUUGAUACAAAACCAGCUUAUCAGAAUCUCAGGCAAAAGGUUGAUAACUUUGUGUCCACACACCUGGACAAUCAGGAGUGGAACCCGAACAUUAACAAGAACCAAGUGCGCAAUGGACUGAGGCAGAGUGUCAUCCAGUCAGGCAUGCUUGAAGCUGGAGUGGACAGAAUCAUUACUCAGGUGGUGGAUCCCAAACUUAAUCACAUUUUCAGGCCCCACAUAGAGAACGCCAUUCAUGAUUUCUUGGCUGCUGAGAAGAAGGAGGAGGCAGUGCCAACGCCAAAUGCAGAGCCUGAGAAACAGGAGCCUCUCCCCACCGCUCCGAGUACACCAUGAGGUCAGGCACCUCCACGAUUCAGAAGCGACACCAAAGAGAUGAUGCUGUAACAUGUUGGAGUUGCAUCUUUUCUGCAGUUGUCAUUUCUGAUAACCCAAAGCACUAGCCGCUGUCUAUUAGACAGUAGACAGUCGUGUCUAUGCAAUUUAUGGAGAAGAGCAACUGAUGUUAAAGGUGCACUAAAAUUAACAAGAAAAAAUUCAAUAGCCUGUAAACUAAUGUUUGAUAUGUUAAACAGGGUUUUUGUGACUGAUAAAACAGUUAUGAAAGACAGUGAAAAAAGCACAGUACAUUUUUAAAAAGUUAUUUUAUUAUAGCUUAGAAAGCCUGUGCUAUCAAGCAUUUUUGCAAAUGUUUAAAGGGUUUACUCAAACUUUCUAACAUAAUUUGUUGCUGCUACUUGGACAAUUGCACUUAACUUUAAUACUGCCCCUCAAUUGGAAAAAUAUAAUACAGUAGCCAAAUGGUUAUGCAGUGGCCUUAAAUGUAUAAGAGUCUGGCCAGCUGUGUGUGUGUGUUUGUUUUUUCUUUUCCUUUGUUUUUUUAAUACCUUUGGUGUUACGGGAUUUGUUUUGUAGAAAUCCUUUUUUUUUCAGUUUAUAAAAUUUGAAUACGUCUAGGAAA